AUGGCUCUUGAAUACCAAGAUAUUUGGGCCAACUACAUCAACGUACACUUGCACCCCAACCUCAAAAGUAACCAGAACGAAGAGAAGCUAGAGCCGACACUACUGGCCGGGGAAGUCAACAAGAUAUGGAACAAGUACGGAAGGCUGAAGAUGGGCGGGUUUCGUUUCUGA